GCUGCCGGAAGCGGAACCUUCGGAUCGCCCCUUCCGCCUCCAUCGUCAGGCUGAUUGGUUCCUAGCUUGGAAAUGGAGCCACGACUUCCGCGUUGGGGUCAGAGGUCGUGGCCGGCUGGAGACCUGGUGGUUCUGAGGCGGCGGUUACCGGUUCGAUUCCCGCGCGCGCCAGGCCUAAUGAUGGGGCAUACUACCAUUUUAGCGAUGCAGCGCAUCAUGAGUUCACCCCAGAAAUUGGAGCUGAGAAGCCAAAGAAUGAAACUCCUCAGUGUGAGGUCCUUCUACAGCCCAGGUCCUAUCCAGCGCAAGGGGAAAACUUCUGCAAAAACUGCCAUCAGACUAUAUCACAGACUCACUGAGAUGGGUCGAACCCUGGGACAGAAUUUCCAACAGAGAAUAUCUUCUGUGGCCAAAACUUGGUGGGACAGUUAUGAGGAAUUCGUUGGUCUAAAUGAAGUUCGAGAGGCCCAGGGGAAUGUGACUGAGGCAGAGAAAGAGUUCAUGGUGGCUCGAGGAAUUGUCCGAAAGGCUAGAGAUGACCUGGAAGUUCACCAGGCCAGACUCAAAGAGAUUCGAGAUCGUUUGGAUCGAGUUUCCCGGGAAGAUACGCAGUACUUGGAACUUGCAACUCUGGAGCACAGAUUGUUGCAGGAAGAGAAGAGACUCCGAACAGCCCACGCUAACUCAGAAGAGUCAGAACGAGAGAAGUUUUCCCUCUUCUCUGCAGCCGUGAGGGAAAGUCACGAGAAAGAGCGGACAAGAGCUGAAAAAACGAAGAACUGGUCACUCAUUGGUUCGGUUCUCGGGGCCUUGAUUGGUGUUGCUGGCUCCACCUAUGUGAAUCGGGUACGGUUGCAGGAACUCAAGUCAUUGCUUCUAGAAUCGCAGACUGGACCGGUGAGUCUGCAGGAGGCCGUCAAAGAACAAACUUCCAGCCACAACAUGCAGAGCAAGGAUCUUAGUGACCUUAUUGAAGAAUUUAGGAGUUUAGUGCACACUGGAAUCAGGGUGUCUUCUGGAGCUCAAGAAGAUGCCACUUCUUCUGGAGAGAGUCUCAUAUCUCAUAAAGAUACAUAUGUACUUUCAGCCUCUUUGAAAGAACAGCUCAGCCAAUCUCAGCAGGUUCGUUCAUGUCUGCAGAGUUUACAAGAGCAGCUUACUGACCUGGACAAAAAAUUCAGUCAAAUGGUUGCAGAGGUUCAGCUUGUAAAGGCUACAGCCCGUUCUCAGCUUGUAGAGCAAGCAAACCAAGCUUUGCUAGACUCUUCACUGGACCCCAGGCAGUCCCUGGUUGCCCAGGGCAUGAUUCUAGAACUGUCAGACAUGGAGCAGAGGUUGGAGGCCCAAGUCAACAGGAACUCUAUGUACAGCACUGUGCUAACUUGUACCAUGUUUGCUGCUAUGCUGCCAGUGCUGUACAUUUUCUUCAGAACCAACUAGCUGUCUCUGGAGGGAAGCUUCAGCGAGGAAGAGGAGUUGUUGCAUUUAGUAAUGAACUGGCAGGCACCUUACUGCUUUGUCUGUUUAAGUCACUUGGAGGUUACUGGUUGUGAAGCCACCCAGAACUUGUGAGCCUGGCUCCUUAAAGGGGAAUUAGCUAGGCAACAUGGUUUUCUUUUUCAAGAUAUACCUUUUUAAAAUUCCAGCUCACAUUUUAUAUUCAUUUACCAGCUUUGCACUUACAUGAUUUUUUCCACAGAAGGAAAAGGAUUAUAUUUGAAAUUAUGUUAUUGAAAACAAUUUUAAAACUUCAAAUUAUGGUAACUGCCAAAAUUUACAUGACAUUUUACAGUUAACAGAGCACUUUAUAUACACUAUCAGUUGAUCCUCACAACAAUGUGAUGUAGUAAUGAAAGUCCAAGCCAAUUUGGUUGAAGAGAUUGGGACAGCAGUUCAGCAGUAUGGAUUUAAAACCAUGAAGUUCUAUUACCUUCAUAGUCCCUGUUUUCUCUCUAGGUUCUCCCCAGUGUUCUUCUCUACUGUUGUGUGCAUUCUAUGACAUUUUUAGUAUCAAGUCACUUUGUGUUGGGAGUAAUUAUUUUUGGUGUUUAUCUAUCUGCAUUUCUAACCUUGGUUUUCAUUUUCCUGACCUAACUUGUAUUUCCUAGACCUUCUUGUGUAUAAGUAUUUAUGGGGUGUCUGGUCAUUAGAAUCUGGGAGUCAGGAUAGGUGCUUGUCUACUGGCUGACCAGGGAAUCUACUUCCCUUUAUGAUUUAGCUGUUCUGUGCCAUCUGUCAGGUGAGAAGAGCUCCCCUUGCCUUUUUUUUUUUCCCUUUUCACCUUCCCUCCAGGCAGGAGGAAGAAUUGAUGUCUGAUACUUGAAACAGAAUUUUUCAAGGUGGAGGUGGGGGAGUGGGGCUGAUGAUAAUGGAUUAUGUUGGAUUGGCAGCAUAGAGAAAGGAGCUUGCUAAACAAACAAUUUGCCUGUAGGGAAAUAGGUUUGGACACUACCAAAGGGUGUGUAAACUUUCCUUCUCUACAGCCUGGAGAUGCUCUCUGCAAGUAUCUCAUUUUGCCUAAAGCAGGAUGGGAGGAGAGCUGGCAAAGUGUAUCCCAUUGAUAGUGUGAACUGAAAAGCAGUGAGCUGGGUGGGGUGAAUUCCAGAAGUGGAAGUCACCAUGCUAGUCAGACAGGGGUUGGGGAGAGGGGGGGCAGGCAGGUUGGAUGGUGGCAGAUUCAGUUCUGAGUGAACCCCACCCUGACAUGCCUACUCCAGUACAGGAGGGCUGCCUGCUAUUCCUUCAAACCCUUCUUGCCCUAUCAAGCCUCAGACCAUGGGCUUGCUCUAUUUCAGCAUUUCCUUUGUGUUGCUAGGUAAGAACUCACAGUUGAAUAAAAGAUAACAACUGUUACGGCCAUUUAUCAUUGUUAUCAUCAUUUUUUAUUUAGAAAAGUUUGUAGAAAACUGUAUUGUCCACUACUUGGGAACAAAAUUGAGGGAUAGCACCAUCAGUGGCUCAUUCCAAUUAUGUACCUAUUGUAGUUGUGCAUUAGUUGAGCUGGAACUGGAACCUGGGAAGAUUCCUCCCAGCAUAGCAUCUUAGCUCUUGGAUAGGUUCUCUCCCUACAGUGGAGUCUGACACUCACCGUACAUUUGAAUGUCCCUAGGGGGAUGGCAGCUUUCUAAAGGGCUAAAGGCACAUUAGUUCAACAAAUGUUUAAUAAGUACCUCCUCUAUACAAUGUAGUAUGUUAGGCACUGAAGAUGUAACUAAUUGAGGAAGAAUUCCUGCCCUUAGCAUAAAAUCAGAAUCUCAGAGGAAGGACAUUUAGAUGUCUUGUAGCCUUACAUACCUGAGCAAGAAUACCUUCUCCCAGGGCAGCUCGGUGGCACAGUGGAUAGAGCACCAGCCCUGGAGUCAGGAGGACCUGAGUUCAAAUCCGGCCUUGGA